AUGAAUUGGGGAAUCUCUGCGAAGCUGUUAUCUCAUCGAAGGGCACUUUUUAAAGUUGAUGAGCAGUUAGAUGAAGAUUUAUCGCAGCUAUGCAAUGAUGAUAUGGUAUUCACAUUCGCUGCAGAAAUAGCAGAUCUGGGGUAUUCUUUCUCUGAAAGCGCAUUGAAAUAUCUGAAAUCGCUUUCCAUAUCUUCCUUACAGGUGUUCAGAUCUACUACCUGGGAGGCGUUAAGAGGAGCAGUUGGAGCAGAUAAGACAUAUGUGCCCCUGUUUCGAAAAUUUCCAGAAAGCAUUCCAGAUAGAACCACGUUAGUUGAGGCUGUGCAUAAGAGACUUGACGACUAUAGCUACUUGCUCUAUUACGCGGUAUACGGACAUUGGUCCUCGGAUGAAUACAACGGUUCAUUUUUUGGUACAAUUUAUUCCGAUGCUGAGAAUCAGGACCCCAUCGAACGCCAAAAGCUAAUAAACCACAAGAAAGCGGUCGUAUUAGACAUUGUAGGCGAGGAAGUAAUUUUGGAGAUAUUCCAAAACUUGCUUAGCACACCUACUUCUACAAGUGGAUCCGAUAAAUCGUUUAUCAAGGGAGUUAUCAAUCGAAAUGAAUCUUGGUGCUCGGCAUUACCGAAAACCAUUCCUAAUAAAGAAAACUUGAUGGUUGUCAUCGCCUAUGCUGUGAAACGAGCAGGUUCCUUCAAUGAUAAGUUAAUGAAAAUGUUUUCCAUCUUCAUCAAUACCGCCACAGAUGUAUUGCGUCUCGCUGCGGCACUUUCAGGGUCAGAUGUAUCUCUUACGCAACAUACACGCUUUAAGCUGUCUAAUUCGCAGCGCAAGUUUUUAAUGUCAAUGUUAAACAAAAUGGACAGCGGUUCGGCAUUGGAAGAUAUGCUAAGGUUUCGUGGGUUAUGGCUUGUCCUUACCAAAUACUUACAUGUGAACGCAUACGCCAAACGAUAUCCUCAAGCCACUAGUCUCGUUCACACUAUAAGGUCAGAUCCAAAAUCCAUCAAGACUUUCAACAGAACUAUUGAAUGCUCGUUAACUGCAAUAGGAACUGACCAAGAUUCCAGAAAUAUGAAAACCGAACUAGAAAAGGUUUUGAACACAUUAAAGAGUAGACCUGGGGACUUUGCUAGGAGACUGGAUCAUUUAUUGCGGAUCUCCUCACCACCAGAGCAAGAAGUACUCGUCCAAGAGUUUCUCAAAGUCACCGCAAGGAUUGCAACUCCACUUCUCUUGAAUCUGUCAACGCAUUUUCGUUAUCGGAGCGAAAAGUCGCCUAUUCGAGUCUAUAUGCCGAAGGGCCGUGCGACCAAAAUGCUUGUCGAGGAUGAAGACAAAAGACUCACUCUUUCAGACGAAAAAUGCCACCAGCUGGGGAAUGAGAUAGACGCUACACUCAUCAGCAGAUUCAAACUUUUGGGUUCUUUGGGAAUUGUGUACGUUGACCCAAAACUGGAGGACUUUAUGAUCCCCACCGGUAUGCGAUGUGUAUCCGAAUCACUGAAAACGCUAGCACGAGGGUCAAAAAUCAGGUUUGACAAAUGUGCUAAAGUCAUUAGGUUAUUUCUGUAUUGGGAGAACAUACCUGAAUGCUCCGAACAAAAGCCCUCACGGGUAGAUGUUGAUUUGUCCAUCCUUAAACUUGGAGAAGACUACGAAAACCUAGGCGUCGUUGCAUACAAUAGAUUGAAGGGUGCUGGGAUCACCCACUCAGGUGAUGUAACCGACGCACCAAAUGGUGCAGCUGAGUUUAUUGACAUUGAUUUGGAUGCUGUGAGAACCCAACGUCCUGGCAUGCGCUAUAUUGGUGUGACGCUCAACUCCUACACUGGUCAACCUUUCAACACUUUUAAGGCAAAGGCGGGAUUCAUGCUUAGAGAUGGUGUUAGUGGCGAUUUCUUCGAGCCCAAAACAGUGGAACAGAAAUUUGAUAUAGUCUCCUCAACCAAAUUCAAUAUUCCGAUGGUUCUAGAUGUCAAAGACAAUGCUGUUAUUUGGCUUGACGUUGGCAUUGCUCAUAAGCAGCUUCACUCCGUUAACUUGAGCCAAAAGAGUUCACAAGUUGGUUCACUGGUGAAGUAUGCAGUUAACAUGUACCGCGAAAAGUGUAACUUGCUGAAACUUCUCAAGCUACACGCUGAGGCUCGUGCAACCAGCUUGUCUGAUAGCCUUGAGUCCCGUAAGAGCUAUGACACAAUUUUUGAUACCGAUUUUGCAUCCAGGGUAGAUGAGAUAAUGGGUAAGUUUCUUUUAUGA